AUGUUCUCCCGUAUCGUACAACAACAACGUCAAAGAUUACCACAAACUACACAACAAAUGCGUUCAUAUGCUACAUCCGAUGGUUUCAAGGAGCGUGAGCAAGGUGAAGAAGCUAAAUACGUACACCAACAGGAGCAAGCUAAACUGAAGGAACUUAGAGAAAAGGAGCAACAACAACAACAAGAGCUUGCUAAGACACAAGCUGAGAUUAACAAAGCAGAGAAAAAGUAAUGUAUUUACGUCGGUAUGAUGAAUUUAUGACUUUAGACGUUGCAUCUAUCUUU